GGGGGGGACACGACAACGGCGCACACAACGUGAAGGACUCCAAAAUUGUCCAGCUGUCACUGAAGUGCUUUUGACUACACGUACAGAAUACUGGCACAAGGAAAAGCCUUAUUCACUCAACCUGGCAUUUCAUGACUUCGUCCACCAAACUACUGGCACAUGCACUGAAGAGGAGUCCACCACAGAUCUGCGCUGCCCGUCUUUCAAGUCUCAGAAGGCAGCAUGGAAACAUCGCCACAGCCUUCUGUCAGCCUGGAUCCUGUUUUAACAAAAGUGAUGACCACAAACAGAGAAUAUGGCCUCCUUUACUGGCAGGUCCCAACUGUGGCAGAAGGUUUUUCAGGGUCACUCCUGCUGGGAUUGUGAACGGCCCAGCGUCCGUUCAGCCGUACCUCAGAUUGAUGAGGCUGGACAAACCCAUAGGAACGUGGCUGCUGUAUCUGCCUUGUGCGUGGAGUAUUGGGUUGGCGGCAGACCCGGGAUGUCUUCCUGAUCUGCGCAUGCUUGCGCUCUUCGGUGUGGGAGCUUUGCUUAUGAGAGGAGCAGGAUGCACUAUCAAUGACAUGUGGGAUAAAGACUUUGACGUGAAGGUGUCAAGGACAGCCACUCGGCCCAUUGCAUCAGGAGAGAUCACACCGUUUCAGGCUCUGGUUUUCCUUGGAGGCCAGCUGAGUUUAGCACUGGGGGUUCUGCUCUGCCUCAAUUACUACAGCAUUGCUCUUGGCGCCGCCUCUUUGUCGCUGGUUGUCACGUACCCUCUCAUGAAGAGAAUCACAUACUGGCCACAGUUUGUUUUAGGUCUCACUUUUAAUUGGGGCGCUCUUCUGGGUUGGUCUGCUGUGAAGGGAUCAUGUGACUGGUCGGUGUGUUUACCUCUCUAUGUAUCUGGUGUCAUGUGGACAUUGAUUUAUGACACAAUCUAUGCCCAUCAGGACAAAGAUGAUGAUUUAAAAGUGGGUGUGAAGUCCACAGCUCUGAGGUUUCAGGAGAACACCAAACUGUGGCUGAGUGGCUUUACUGGGGCGAUGCUGUCAGGGCUGGUUCUAGCAGGAGCUAAUGCUGACCAGACUUUGCCCUACUAUUGUGCAGUGUCUGCAGUAGCCAUUCAUCUAGCACAUCAGAUCUACGCUGUGGACAUCAACAGACCUGAGGACUGCUGGAAAAAAUUUGCUUCAAACCGAAACCUUGGACUACUUUUAUUUUUAGGAAUAGUGACUGGAAACUUAUGGAAAAAGAGAAAUGAUCAUCAGAGUGAAACACAACUUAACUCCAUUUCAAGUUAGAACGCAUGCUGGUUGUAUGACUUAGAAUAAUACCAUUGAUGGAAACAUCAUGUAAACCAGUAAAUAUUCCUCUUAAAAUAUUUAUUAAAUUGCUACAAACAGGCUCGAUUUCUUAAAUAAUUAGAAAACUUACAUUACAUUACAUCUAUAAAAUGAAUGUUAACACUGAGAACAGUGCCAGUAAUUUAUGCCUACAAACAAACCAAAUAUUUUUUAUACAGUGAAUAAAAAUAUAAAAACAACAGAAAAAAAUGACCCCUUAUACAGGUCGAUUACAGUAUCUGAAUCAGAUUUGGAUAGUUUUAGUAGAGUAACAGAGGAGAGGCCAGGUAUUUGUGCAUUGUGUGCAAAAGGAAAUAUGAGGCACCAUGAACGUUGUGAAGAGAGUGUAAUCACAGGGAAGAAUAAAUGAUAAUAUUUGAUAGGAAUGAUUCAUUUGGAUGACGAGUAAUGAGGUCACGAUGAAGCCCUUUCUUCAUAUGGCGACUCGUAGACGUCCAUGGGUGGACAAGUGCAGACGAGAUGUUGGUCACCGUAGAUGUCAUCGAUCCUUGAAAUUGUGGGCCAGAACUUGGUCUCAGGUCUCACGAAAGGCUGAAAUAACAGGGUUGAAGAUGCAUUUUAAAACUGAGUGAAUAAAAACAUUUACUUUAAGUAAGGUUUAUAUAUUUUUACACUGAUGUACACACCAUGGGGAAAGCAGCAUACUCUCUGGAGUAAGGUCUGUCCCAUGUGGUAGAGGUAAUACAGGCCAGUGAGUGAGGAGCCAUCUUUGAAAAACAUCAAAGACAGGUUAGAGGAACUACAGAAAGAUCCAGAUUCAAUAAAAGUUCAGUACUAGAAUUAAUGUGAUUAAUGCAUAAACUCGAAACGCACUUAAUGAAAGUCUAUAGGGCAAAGUCAAUCCAAAGGGUUUAAAAGCAGAAAUGAGAAGCUUGUUUUUAAUAAAGCGCUUAUAUUAAUUCUUCUAGGCAUAAAAUGUCAAGCAAUACAAAUAGUUCUAUGCUCCAUAGACUUCCAGUGUAUGUGCAUUACUGUGCACAUGAUUAAAGCUGCACAGAUGCUGCUGAUAAGGAACGUUCCGGGUUCAAGUUAAGUUAGUUAAGCUUUAAAACGCUCACCUUGAGUGGAUUAACCCUUGAGUCCAUCCGGCCCUCUUCGAUUUCUGCGAUUUCCUGCCGGAUGGCCAGCAGCGAGUCACAGAAGCGGUCGAGCUCAGCCUUGUCCUCAGACUCCGUGGGUUCGAUCAUCAGAGUACCAGCCACAGGCCAUGACAUGGUCGGUGCAUGAAAACCUGGCAUAAAAGAUGGUGGUGAAUCAAUAGAUUUAAAGCCAAACAUUUACUUUAUAGACGUUUUUCUACUUACCAUAAUCUUGCAGUCUUUUUGCUACAUCAACUGCUUCAAUGUUUGCCGACUUUUUGAAAGGCCGCACAUCCAAAAUAAAUUCAUGAGCAAUGAAUCCUGCAAAUGCAAAAUAAUAAAAUGUUUGUGAGGCACUUCAAUUCAUUUAACAGCAAAAAAUUAAAUAAAUAAAAAAAAAAUAAUAAUAAUAAUAAUAAUUCAAUAAAGCCAACCUUUAGAGCCCCUGAAAAGAAUUUUGUAGUGGUUUUCCAGUCUUUUAGCCAUGUAAUUAGCAUUAAGGAUGGCCACCUCUGUAGCAUGAGCAAGUCCCUUUGAACCCAUCAUCUGUUAAAUGGAAAUAAAUCAAAUAUUAGAUGAAUAAAUUGGGGAUGCAUAAUUUAUUGGUACCAUAUCAGAUAUUAUUUUUUAUUGGUAUUGGCUUUAUACUGGAUAUUUUUAUUUUUACAUUCAAAUGACCUUUGCAGUUCACUCAAAAUGAAAAGCUUCUCAUCAUUUACUCACCCUUCAUUUGUUCCAGAUCUUUAGUAGUACAAAUCUUUAUCAAGCACAAAAGAUGAUAUUUUGAAGAAUGUGAAUAACCAAACAGUUAACAGUAGCCAUUAACAUCCAUAGGGUUUUUCCCUCCAUAAUAUGAAAGUCAGUGGCUACUAUCAACAAUAUCAUCUCUUGUGCUGAACUCAUACAAGAUUUUUAAAAACUUGAGGGUGAGUAAAUGACCAUUUUUAAUCUUGGGUGAACUAUUCCUUUCAAGUCUUUAAAUUCACCCAUAAUUUAACAAAUGCAAUCUUUAGCAAACCUCAAAAUGAGUAUCUAUUGUUCAUUCUGUAUACCCUUUAAUGUUGUGCAUUAGAAAUGAUUUAAGCAUUUUAUUUUUAAUGUAUUUAGGCAAAGUAGUAUAGAAACUGAUCUCAGACAUAACCUGAAAAUAAGUAGUCAGUAUGUUAAUAUAAUGGAUGCAUCGCUGCUAUUCAGAUAAACAAAAGUGUUGACCUUAAUGUAAGCCCAUGAGAUGGGCAGGAUAGCGCUGGAGCCCCAGGGAGCGGCACUGAUGGUGCCCAGAGAACUUCCUGCAUUACUGGACUGCAUGUUCACCACUGGAUGACUGGGCAGGAAGGGAGCGAGAUGCUGUUUCCUGUCAGAAAAAGCCAUAUGGUUAACUGGAGUCAACAGUUCAACUUUUCUAGUAGAUUCAGCAGGGCAGGUCUGCUCACUUCAAAACACUUACACUCCUAUUGGUCCCAUCCCAGGACCGCCACCACCGUGAGGAAUGCAGAAGGUUUUAUGGAGAUUUAGGUGAGACACAUCUGAGCCAUAGUCUCCUGGCCGACAUAAUCCAACCUGAAUCCAAAGAACAUGAUAAAUCCAUAAGUACAUGCACGUUUAAUGUAAAAAUCUUACAUCACUGUGAAUACAGCUCUCUGAAACUCUUCUUGCUUCUAAACCUUUAACGGCAUUUAUUUAAAUUAAUUCAGAAAUAUUGUGCAUGGUUCAUUCAUACAGCACAUACAACUGUUAAAUGUGAAAAAUCUAAAAAAAAGAUGUAGGGGUUCACAUUAACCAAGAUUAAUAUAUAGUGUAUAAUGUAUUGUCCAUUGCUAGUCUAAUGUUAAUUUUGCCAUAUUCUAAAGCAUUGCUGUUCGUUCUUGGUCUGACCUGUGCGUUCAUGUUGGCACCAUCCAGGUACACCUGUCCGCCGUUCUGAUGGAUGAGCUCACACACUUCACUCACAUUCUCCUCAAACACACCAUUAGUGGAGGGGUAUGUGAUCAUAAUGGCAGCCAAGUUGGCCUUGUGUUUGUCCACCUGACAAAAA